AUGACAUCUGCAUUCUGCUUCUGCACACAAGUGCUAUUAAAUUAUAAAUGUAUCAGACUAUGUUUUUAUUGCAAAAUACAUGAAACAAUCGCACCCGUAUGUGCUACUCAAACAUUACAUAUAUAAUUCAUGUUAACUAUAUUAACUAUGUUUAAAAGUCUACUGAUUUCAAUCUUGCUAUUUUUACCUUAUUUUGUGGCUCACGAAGAGAGUGCUGUUUAUGAAUAUGGACCGGAUAACUUUAAGCAACAGAUUACGGACUUGGAUGGAAAUUUUAUUAUGUUCUCCGCGCCUUGGUGUCGCCAUUGUAAAGAAUUUCAACCCAUUUGGUCAGAAUUAGCAGAGCUUGUUAACACACAGGAUUCAAAGUUUGCUAUUGCCCAAGUUGAUUGCACAAAGCAUUCAAAACUAUGUCAUGAGAAUGAUAUUACAGGGUACCCAAGUCUGCUAUACUUUCACAAGAACUCGUUUUCUCCUGUGGAGUACAAAGGCACAAGGGACUUGCCUUCUCUGACCUUAUUCUUAAGUGAAACUUUCACAUUAAAAGCAGAGGAAAAGGAGAAACCGGGUGAUGUAAAAACUUACAGUGGCAUGGUGCAUCUAAAUGAUCAGAACGUUGAGAAGUUUUUGUCCAAGGGACAGCACUUUGUCAUGUUCUACGCCCCAUGGUGCAGGGCCUCGCAGAGGCUCGCUCCGAUUUGGGCUGAACUGGCGGCGGAGUACGCUCACAAUGAGUAUAUACAAAUCGGAAAACUCAACUGUGUGGACAAUGUGUCGACUUGCAAAAGCUUUGAUAUCAAGCAGUACCCUUAUUUAGUAUGGAUUGUGAGUGGAAGAAUAAUGGGCGUAACAGACGCUAUCGCUUUAGACGAGCUACAGAUUUAUGUAGAGAAAAUGCUUCUAACGGAAAAUCACGAUCCGGAAAAGUUUAUGAAGAAAACAAAGGUGUUGCCCGUCGCACGAAUAUCCGAGGAGACAUAUGAUACCUUCAUGGAGAAGGAAUUUGUUUAUGUUAAUUACUUUGCUACGUGGUGUGCACAUUGCAUGCAACUUAAACCUCUGUGGAUGAAACUUGGAGAGAAAUUCCAGAAUGAAAGCCGUAUACUUAUCGCUGACAUCGAUUGCGUCAGAUCGAAGGCCAUCUGUGAAACGGAGAAGAUUAGCGACCUCCCGACGUUAAUCCUAUACAGGAACAAGAAGAUUGUGAGUGUCACCAGCGGGGCCCGGUCGCUGGAGAGUCUCAUAACGACGGUCCACGAGCAUCUACAGGUCGCGCAAUUAGAUGAAACGAGCGAGGCGGAAUCUAUGAAUGCCAAAGACGAGCUGUGAAAUACGUGUCAUCUUUUUAUUUAUUCACCAAAAUCCCCGCGCGAAAUUACGACAAACGUUUUAAUAACGACGGCCGAUUGGCGUAGUGGGCAGUGACCCUGCUUACUGAGUCGCAGGCCGUGGGUUCGA